UAAUCUGUGUUAUGCUACUUGAAAAGAAGAAGAUGCCAUUCUUGUGGCAGGAAACAGGUUGGCACCAUCAUUGAUUCUUUCCAUCCAGCAGUAAAAUAGGGCAUCAACCCUAAAUUUCACUUAAAAAUAGACUUGUACCAUAUACAUACCGAUAGCCUCAUUCACAAUAUUACUCCCACCCCCCAUCAUGGAAAGGAGGAGGAAAAAUGGAGGGCUCUCUGUUCCUCAAUUUGGAGGGUGGAACUCCAAGAACCCAGUUCCUACAGACUAUUCCGUGGUGUUCACACAAGCUCGUGCUAACAGGAGGCAACAUAAGUCCGAUGUCAGGCACGCCAGCCUUGGAAAUGAAAGGGAAUUGCUUGCUGCUGCUAACCAACAAGAAGACUCUGUCAUGAAGCGAAAGAAGUUCUUGACCUACAUUAAUUGCUGUAUUAGGCCUUGAUUUCCUAAGAACCCACGGUUCAUCAACUCUCCUGUAAUUUUCAAGUAUUUAAAUAUUAAUUUAUAGUUUGUAAAUCUAUAGCACAUUCAUAUAUUCAAAAAGUAACAUGAUAUGAAUGAUACUUGGAUUACAAUACUUUCAA